AUGAUCCACAACCACCUGUUCUUCUUAAAAUGGUCUUCUGUUGUCUGGGUCGUUCUUCUGACUCGGUCAGUUCUUUGCCAGGUGAAGACUCACUCGCACGCUGAGGAUGAGCUCUUCAAGACGCUGUUCUCUGCUUACAACAAGUGGUCCAGGCCCGUGCCGAACAUCUCCGACGUGGUCAUUGUCAAGUUCGGACUGUCCAUAGCUCAGCUCAUCGAUGUGGAUGAGAAGAACCAAAUGAUGACAACUAACGUGUGGCUUAAACAAGAGUGGAACGACUACAAGCUUCGCUGGAGACCGUCUGACUUUGACAACGUGACGUCCAUCAGAGUUCCUUCAGAGCUCAUAUGGGUACCAGAUAUCGUACUUUAUAACAAUGCUGAUGGUGAAUUUGCCGUGACCCAUAUGACGAAAGCUCACUUGUUCUACACGGGCAAAGUCCGCUGGGUCCCGCCGGCCAUUUACAAGAGCUCCUGCAGCAUCGACGUCACCUUCUUCCCCUUCGAUCAGCAGAACUGCAAAAUGAAGUUCGGCUCCUGGACUUAUGACAAGGCCAAGAUUGACCUGGAGCGAAUUGAGAACACCGUGGAUCUCAACAACUACUGGGAGAGCGGAGAAUGGGCCAUCAUCAACGCUGUGGGGACAUACAACACUAAGAAAUACGACUGUUGCCACGAGAUCUACCCAGACAUCACCUACUUCUUCAUCAUCCGAAGGCUCCCUCUGUUUUACACAAUCAACCUCAUCAUCCCCUGCCUGUUAAUCUCCUGCCUCACUGUGUUGGUUUUCUAUUUGCCCUCAGACUGUGGAGAGAAGAUCACUCUUUGUAUCUCCGUGCUGUUGUCCCUCACCGUCUUCCUUCUGCUUAUCACGGAGAUCAUACCAUCCACGUCCCUCGUCAUCCCCCUCAUUGGCGAGUACCUCCUCUUCACCAUGAUUUUUGUCACUCUGUCCAUCGUCAUCACCGUGUUCGUGCUCAACGUGCACCACCGCUCCCCUAGCACUCAUAAGAUGCCCCGCUGGGUCCACUCCGUGUUCCUGGACCUGAUCCCGCGCUGGCUGUUCAUGCGCCGGCCUGCGCCUGACGGCCGGCGCCGCAGGCUGUUGCUCCUCCAGGAGGAGCGGCGGCUCUUACGGAUGGCCGGGUACAAACCGGCCAACUGCAUCAGCACCUCGUCCACCUGGCUGAGAGACGGGAACGUUCUGGAAAACCCAGAGAGAUGCUGCUACGAGGAUUUGGAGCUCGGCACUCUGGCAACAUACUUCUUCUUUCGCCCCCCAUCACCGAGACCCCCGGGUUCGACUCCUCCGUCGCAACAAACGCAAACGCAGAACCAACAGGAGGGAGCUGCAGCGUCGGUCAGACAGUCAGCUGGUGGCAGGGUUAACUCCACUCAGAAGCCAGCUACAGGUGACAGUUUGGAGUCGUUGCAGCUCUCACCGAACGUGAUGCGUGCUUUAGAAGGCGUGCACUACAUCGCAGACCACCUGAGAGCCGAGGAUGCUGACUUCAGUGUGAAGGAGGACUGGAAGUACGUCGCCAUGGUGAUCGACCGCAUCUUCCUUUGGAUGUUCAUCAUCGUGUGCCUGCUUGGGACCAUAGGCCUCUUUCUCCCUCCGUGGCUGGCUGGCAUGAUUUAAUUUCCGUGUGAAAGCAUUAAAGUAAAACAAGUAGCUGAACUUCAAAACUGGGACUGU